GCCUGGUUGUGUAACCGUCCCCAGCCCCCCCUCUUCUCGGCCCCCUGCCCCGGUCGUGGGGGGGGGGGUGUCACCCACCCGGUGCUCCCCGGGGAGGGCGGCGGCCGGAGCGGCCGCGCCUCUCGUGCGAGUCCGGGGAUGCGCGGCCUAGUGCAGGCCGGGCCCGGGCGUGGGGAAGGCGAGCGGGCGGACCCAGAUCCGGGGUAAUUUGCAUCGCCCUCCCCCCAGUCCGGGUGGGGAUUGGCCGCCGGCGGCGGGGGGUGGCGCGGAGCCAGGCUCACUGCCGUCUCCCGGCCCCUCGGAGGAAGCCUGCCCUGCCGCCACCGCCGCCGCCGCCGCCGGGGCCGGGCCCCCUCGCCGCUGACCCGGGAAGGAGGUCUCGGCGCGGAAGAUGGCCGGCGGCGUGGACGGCCCCAUUGGGAUCCCGUUCCCCGACCACAGCAGUGACAUUCUGAGUGGGCUCAACGAGCAGCGGACGCAAGGCCUGCUGUGUGACGUGGUGAUCCUGGUGGAGGGCCGCGAGUUUCCCACGCACCGCUCGGUGCUGGCGGCCUGCAGCCAGUACUUCAAGAAGCUGUUCACGUCGGGCGCCGUGGUGGACCAGCAGAACGUGUACGAGAUCGACUUCGUCAGUGCCGAGGCGCUCACAGCUCUCAUGGACUUUGCCUACACGGCCACGCUGACUGUUAGCACAGCCAACGUGAGUGACAUCCUCAGCGCUGCCCGCCUGUUGGAAAUACCCGCCGUGAGCCACGUCUGUGCCGACCUCCUCGACAGGCAGAUCCUGUCGGCCGAUGGGGGCACUGAUGCUGGGCAGCUGGACCUGGUAGAUCAAAUUGAUCAGCGAAACCUCCUCCGUGCCAAGGAGUACCUCGAGUUCUUCCAGAGUAACCCCAUGAACAGCCUGCCCCCCGCGGCCGCCGCGGCCGCCGCCGCUGCCGGCUUUCCGUGGUCAGCCUUCGGCGCAUCCGACGACGACCUGGAUGCCACCAAGGAGGCCGUGGCUGCCGCCGUGGCUGCCGUGGCUGCAGGCGACUGCAACGGCUUGGACUUCUACGGGCCCGGCCCCCCGGCUGAGCGGCCCCCGGCCGGGGACGGGGACGAGGGCGACAGCAACCCGGGUCUGUGGCCGGACCGGGACGAGGACACCCCCGCUGGGGGCCUCUUCCCACCCUCCGUGGCCCCUCCAGCUGCCACGCAGAACGGCCACUACGGCCGGGGCGGGGAGGAGGAGGUCUCGCUGUCGGAGGUGGCCCCGGAGCCCGGGGACUCUCCCGGCUUCCUGUCGGGAACAGCCGAGGGCGAGGACGGCGACGGGACCGAUGCGGACGGGCUGGCGGCCAGCACGCUGCUGCAGCAGAUGAUGUCGUCGGUGGGCCGGGCCGGGGCGGCGGACAGCGACGACGAGGCGAGGGCAGACGACAAGGGGGUGGUGGACUACUACCUGAAGUACUUCAGCAGCGCCCACGACAGCGACGUCUACCCAGCCUGGUCGCAGAAGGUGGAGAAGAAGAUCCGGGCCAAGGCCUUCCAGAAGUGCCCCAUCUGCGAGAAGGUCAUCCAGGGCGCCGGCAAGCUCCCGCGGCACAUCCGGACCCACACCGGGGAGAAGCCCUACGAGUGCAACAUCUGCAAGGUCCGGUUCACCAGGCAGGACAAGCUCAAAGUGCACAUGCGGAAGCACACAGGUGAGAAGCCGUACCUCUGCCAGCAGUGCGGGGCGGCCUUCGCCCACAACUACGACCUAAAGAACCACAUGCGUGUGCACACCGGCCUGCGGCCCUACCAGUGCGACAGCUGCUGCAAGACCUUCGUCCGCUCCGACCACCUGCACAGACACCUCAAGAAGGACGGCUGUAAUGGCGUCCCCUCGCGCCGCGGCCGCAAGCCCCGGGUCCGCGGUGGGGGGCUCGGGGGGCCCGACCCCGGCCCCGGGGCCGCCCCGCCCGGCGCCUCCGCCCCGCCCGGCUCCCCCGAGGCCCGGCGCAACGGCCAGGAGAAGCACUUUAAGGACGAGGAGGAGGACGAGGAGGCGGCCAGCCCCGAUGGCCUGGGCAGGUUGAAUGUAGCGGGUGCUGGUGGAGGGGGUGGUGACGGGGCCGCUGGGAACCCUGCCGACGGCAGCUUCGCGGCUGGACUCGCCUGAAAACCAAAAAGAAGAAAAACCCGAGAGAGACAGAGAGAGAGAGAGAGAAAAUCACCCCCCACCCCCCAAAAAACACAAAAAAAUUAUCUAUAUACAGAUAUCUAUAUCGAUAUAUAUAUAUACAGAUAUAUAUAUAUAUGAAGCAUCACAGAAUCUAGGAUAGUGCUUUUCUCAGAUUUUUCUCUUUCAUGAAGUUCUCUCCCUCCAUGGGGACUCUUGCCCUCUCCUCCCAACUCCCCUUUCUCUCCACCCCGUCGAUGAGUUUCGGGGCUUGGUUUGGGGUUUGUGGGACACGGGUUCUGAGUCCCCCCUCCUCCCCACUGGGCGCCCCCAGCAUAGGGUCUGGGAUCCCAUUCGAGACCUGGGCAGGGUCCCAGGUCCCGGGCAGGGACGAGGGCUGUUGUGGAGGGAAGGGUUGAGGCAGGACUGGGGUGGGCUUGUUUUUCUCCCCUUGCUGGUUUCUAUGAGUCUUUCAGACAAGACCUUAAAUAAUUUCUGUCUGCUGUGAGCGGACGUUAAAAUAGUCCCUGAACCUACCCCCACCCUCCUUCCUCAGGGCACUUAUUAAGUGGGGGUCUCCCCCCUAGAUCUCCCCGUAGGCUCCUUGCCUCCUAUCCUUGUCUGUGGUCCCUUAUCUCCUGGCCACUGCGACACAAACCUAUUUAUUUCCACGUGUGGAGAAAGGGGGGACGACGGGGAGAGGGGGCACCAGGAUGGCUCCCAGGGGUUCUGUUGCCUUCCUCCAUGGCACUUAAACCCAUGGGGGCACCCAGGGGCCUCCUCUCAGAGCGCCCCAUCACCCGUCUGUGUCCCCAUCCCAGGUCAUUCAGACCCAGUUAAAGUUUGGAGAUUCAAAACUUGUCUUCACCCUCUCCCAACUUUUUAAAGCACUUUUUAGAUGGUUUCCCCCUCUUUUCCUCCUUAAAAACAAAAUUUAUAUAUAUAAGUAUAUAUAAAGAGAGAUAUAUAUAAGAUAUAACUUUUCCUCAGAGGAGCAGACAACAGUGUGGGGUGAGACAGCCAAGGGCAGAGGGAACCCAGGGUCUUACGGUGGCAGGGAAGAGGGGAGAGAAGAGUCCAGAAGUUCCAAUGUCACAAAAGCAAUAAGAUUUUACAAAACGAAAGGAAACAAACAAACAAAAAAAUGACAACCAACCAUAAAUAGAAGUCUUGGCACUUUGUAACAGAACGGGUACUAUACUUUAUCUUAAUUUAAAAACAUGUUUACAAGUUGCAACCAACUUCUAUGAAAAGUUGAAAAGACAAAAAAAAGAGAGAGAGAGAGAGCGAGAGUGUAAACAGAAAUUCCUAAAAGCUGAUUUAUUUUUGUACAAAAUAAU